CGAACUUUACGUUGCCGGCUUGGGUAAUUUAUCCUUCAGUCCUUUGUUUUCUAUCAAGCAUUAGAGAUAAUGCAGGUCGCGGCGGGUUCUGACGGAAUCCAGAGGCUCCUGGCAGCAGAGGCAGAGGCUCAGCGGAUAGUUGGCGAAGCUCGGAAGGCCAAGGGUGAUCGCCUGCGCCAAGCAAAAGCGGAGGCUGAGAAAGAAAUAGCUGCAUAUCGUGCGGAGCGUGAGGGUGCCUACCAGAAGAAAAUUGCUGAGGCGAGUGGGCCUGCGCCCAGCGGCUCCAGCGGGUCUCAGGCUACUUUCCAGCGCUUGCAAAGCGAGACAAACUUGGCGAUUCAGAAGAUCCAGGCGGACGUGAAGGCCAAAAAGGGCGAGACAGCGUCUGACUCGCGAUACCGUGUAGUUGCACUCGGCGUUUGCGUGGUCUUUAUGUCGUAUUCAUUACCGCAAUCACCGUCGCGUAGCGGUCGUCCUCGCACCAAGGGUGCGACAGCUUCCAGUGGCGGCAAGGAUGGAAAGGAAACAGUAGUCCGUGGUGCCCUCUCUGGAAACAUCGGAGCGUCACCAUUUGGCAUUCUCGCAACCACGCCGGAAUUGCCCGUCAGCACUGGGACAUGUAUUACGGCAGUUCACUCCUUGCAAAGCAUCAACCGCCAAGGGCAAUCCAUUCUCUCCCUUCGGCGUUUGAACUCGUCUAGCAACGGCUCCAUGGCAGGAACUGUAUCUGGGGGAUUGGCUCCGGUGUCGCUCCCCGCUCCUAGCGUUGCCAGAGGCGGUGUCUUCAUGCGCCGAAUGGGUGCAGCACUGUUGGUAUUGCAAUUGGUUCUAAUCGGCGCACUUCUGUCCAGACUGUCGCUGGUUCAUAGUUUGACCGACAUGGCAAAGUCAGUGACCGUCCCGCAUUUGGGAAGUCAUGGGCAAACCGUGGCCGUAGCGGAGGUGGAUGAGUCAUCCACGAUUGCCAUUGUCACCAGGCUGGCAGCUGAAAGCCGACGUUCGGCGCGGGAUGGAGCAAUGACAGCCAGCCGCCGCGAGCGCAUGUGGCCGACAAUUGCGGACUUGACGGCACGACGGCAACAGCAGGAUGGGCUACAGAAGCACCAGCAAAUAACGCAGUCGGGAUCGCCGGCCCACCCCGUGCGACUAGUAGCCGCAGGGAGAUCAACGGCGAUGACGAGGACGGCGACGGCGAUGGAGACAGCGUCGAACAUUAAUAGGGAAAAGCAGGUUGCCAAGGCCGCUGCGGCUAGCAAGCCUAUUGCAUUUGUGAACUCUACCGCACCCACUUCCAAUGGCGAUAACAAGGGCACCAAGACGGCUGCAACCGGAACGACGGCUGAGGCGGCAAUCGGCACGAAGUUUCCGCCCUUUGCCAAGCCUGUCGUGCCGUUUGUGGGACGAGUCGCGAACCCACCGACAAUAGUCGGGGUCGUUUUUUAUGGCAGGCGCGACCGCGUCCGCAUCCUGGACUGCUACCUGCAGCGCAAUAUGGCCCGCAACGGCGGGCUCCUGACGUACGUUGUCUUUGUGACGGCCACCUGGCAGCCCGACGAUGUGGAGUUUUUGGACCGGCUGGUGGCAAUGCGUGGUGGCGAGUACAGGAAGCUCUACCCUCAGCGUCUGGACAAGGGGUACACGGGUCACUACGCCUGGAUGGAUCCUGCCACGAUUUACGUCAAGAUCGAUGACGACGUCGUUUACAUUGCGGAUGACGCCAUUGACCACAUGCUCAUAGCGCACAACCUGCAUCGCUACCACCUCAUAUCCGCCAACGUGGUGAACCACCAACCCUUGGAGCUGCCCCACAGCCAAAGUGGCGCCCAUUACAUGUACGAGCAGACCCGGCCCGCUGGUCGACUGGGUGUGUACAACUUUCCCCCGAACGAGCAGCUGUGGGACUUCAACAAGCACGUUGGCUACACCCGGUGGCGCAUCAACAUGAUUAUGUUUAAAGCUGCCAACAUUGACGUACAUGUGUACAACAUGAGCUCAACCGUCGACACCUACCCGGGCGACGACGAGGAUUACAUCACACGCAUCCUGCCCAAGCAGCUCAACCGCACCAGCGCCGCCGUGUCACAGGCGCUGGCGGUGCACUUUUCCUUCUUCAUGCAGCGGGCUGGCCUGGAGAACAAUACCGACCUCCUCGACAGGUAUACCCUUCUGGCGGAGAGGACGUGUGGGCGGCUUGUGCCGUUGUCCCCAUGA